AUGCUCCUCGUUGACGGCGACCUUGCCCUCUCCUCCUCCGGAGGCACCGGCUCCGGCACCGCCUCUCGCACGGGAGGUAACGGGACGGAGCUCGUGGCGGCGCUGUUGGAGAGCCCCGGGAUCCGCGAUGCGGCCGACCGGCUCAAGGCCACGCCGGAGAGGCGGAUCUCGGCAGGGCAGGAGGGCGCGCCGAGGCACGUCUACGUGUUCCAGCGGGAGUACGCCACAGUGGAUCCGGCGCGCGUCGAGUUAGUGGGCACAGAUGAGGCUACUACAUGCAUUGGUGUUGUAAUUCACAACAACAAGACUGGAAUGACCUCCAUUAGCCAUAUGGAUUUCCCAAAAAUUGUGGAGGGAGGGAUCAAGCAGAUGUUAGAAUUACUUGGUGAUGAUAAUGCACCAUUUGAUGUUUACCUUAUUGGUGGCUUUGCUGAUGCUUCCACAAAGGUAGUCCGUUCCUCUGGUAAGAAACACAUCAAACAGGAAGGGUAUUCCUAUCCACUAUGUUGCAAAAUAGUUGAAGUGCUGCAUAAGUCCCAACAACAAUUCCACCUUCGGUCAUUUUGUGUCCUUGAGAAUAACACACAGACUGAUUCAUUUGGAAAUGCACUACCUAUAAUUGGUGGAUUUGUGGUUGAAACCUCAUCUGGAGUUGUCAUACCAGCAACCUUUGACAUGGAUUCGAGAUGCCCAGAUGAAGUUAUCAGGAGGAUUCGUGUGAGUGUUAGUUAUUAUGAUCCAACUUGGCAAGGAAGAUUGCUGGAGACUUACGAUACUCAGUGUGAUGUUUUUCAAAUUGCACCUGCCUACUGGAUGCCAGAUUGGGCCGAUAUAGCAUCCUCACUUAACCAGCUUUCGGACUCUGAAGUCCUGUUGCAAUGCUCCACCUCUCCAGCUGCAGAACCACCUUACUUUGUGGAAAAUGAAAGAAGGAUCUGGAAAUAUUUGAUCAAUAACCCGGACUGGGAAAAACAUUCCCAAAACACAAGCCCCGAGUCUUCCAUAGGACCAGUGAUGGAAGCUGGUCAAGGUACUCAUAGUGCAGGCCAAGGGCUUCCAUUAUCAUUGGUACGCCCACACAUGGAACCAGAAGGGAAGCCUCCCUCUGCCUUGAUGAGAACAGUGACAUAUUAA